UCGUCGGUUCCCCGACUGGCUAUCUGGCGAUCCCGAGCGUCUCUCCCCUCAGGGGCCGGGAACUGGGCAGUCAUGGCUGAGGUGAAAGUGAAGGUGCAGCCGCCCGACGCGGAUCCGGUCGAAAUAGAAAACAGGAUUAUAGAAUUAUGUCACCAGUUUCCUCAUGGAAUCACAGACCAAGUAAUUCAGAAUGAAAUGCCUCAUAUAGAAGCCCAGCAGCGGGCAGUGGCCAUCAAUAGACUGCUGUCCAUGGGUCAGUUGGAUCUCUUAAGGAGCAAUACAGGACUUCUAUAUAGAAUAAAGGAUUCUCAGAAUGCUGGUAAAAUGAAAGGAUCAGAUAACCAAGAAAAACUAGUAUAUCAAAUCAUAGAGGAUGCAGGAAAUAAAGGAAUAUGGAGCAGAGAUAUCCGAUACAAAAGUAACUUGCCAUUAACAGAAAUUAACAAAAUUCUAAAGAAUUUGGAAAGUAAAAAGCUUAUCAAAGCUGUUAAGUCUGUGGCAGCCUCAAAGAAGAAAGUAUAUAUGCUCUAUAACGUGCAACCGGACCGGUCUGUGACUGGUGGAGCCUGGUACAGUGACCAGGAUUUUGAAUCAGAAUUUGUAGAGGUGCUUAACCAACAGUGUUUUAAAUUCCUACAAACCAAGGCAGAAACAGCACGGGAAAGCAAACAGAAUCCAAUGAUACAAAGAAAUAGUUCAUUUGCCUCAUCACAUGAAGUGUGGAAGUAUAUCUGUGAAUUGGGGAUCAGUAAGGUAGAGUUGUCCAUGGAGGACAUUGAAACGAUCUUAAAUACACUCAUUUAUGAUGGGAAAGUGGAGAUGACUAUCAUUGCUGCAAAAGAAGGCACAGCUGGCAGUGUAGACGGACACAUGAAACUGUACAGAGCAGUCAAUCCAAUCAUCCCACCCACGGGUUUGGUCCGGGCCCCAUGUGGACUCUGCCCGGUUUUUGAUGACUGCCAUGAAGGUGGUGAGAUUUCACCAUCUAACUGUAUUUAUAUGACAGAGUGGCUCGAAUUUUAAUAGAGAACUGGGAACUUUCCUGACAUUUUGCAAAUGAAGUUACUUUGGGAGCAGAUAAUUUAACUCAUGAUGGAACAUCAAAUUCCCUUGAAAGCAAACUUCACAAUAAUGGAUAGACUUGCUGCUAUGAAAAAGUAUUUUUUUAUCUAUGAAGACUAAAUUUAUAUUGGUAGAGUAGCCAACAGAAUAUGAAGCAGGUAAGGCUAAUAGUGAAAUCCAUCCUUCAAUAAAUAAAAUACUUUGAACUUCAGGAAGACCACCUUCUGAAGCUUUCAAGACUUUUGAUGGUUCAUGGAAAAAGAAGCCAACAGAUCCAUAUUUGCCAUAUACUACAGUAAUGACUGAAGUUUAAAAAUGCCCAUUUUAAAGUUAUUUAUUAAGGUCUUCAUUGGAAAAUUUUGUAUCUGGUUCACUAUUGCCAUUUGUUUUCUCUUUUCUCAGUGGUUUCAUUGAGAAGGAAUCAAAAGCGGUGAGGCAGGAAUAGCACUUGGAGGCAUGAGUGGGGGAGAGAAUGGAACAUCCCUUUCCACACACUAUUCAUUCCUUUUUACAUCAGAAAUAUUCUUUCAGAGGAUUAUGCCUUUGUACUUACCUCAAAUGCAAAUGAUGGCUAUUGUCAAGGAUGUUUUC